AUGGAUGACUUGGCUCUCCUUGACCUGUUGGAGUGUCCCGUGUGCUUUGAAAAGCUCGACGCCACAGCAAAGGUGCUGCCGUGCCAGCACACGUUCUGCAAGCCCUGCCUGCAGAGGAUCCUGAAAUCCCAGAAGGAGCUGCGGUGCCCCGAGUGCAGGACCCUGGUCCUGGGCAGCAUUGAGCAGCUGCCCUCCAACCUGCUCCUCAUUCGCCUCCUGGAUGGAGUCAGGUGCGGACAAAACGUCACCAGGUUUGGCUCGGUCCAGAGGUCGGGGCUCCUGUCCUCCCCCGCCUCCAUCAGGAGGGUCCCCAGGGGGCUGCAGCUGCACCAGCACCGGCUGGCAACGAAUCCCCGGAUCCACAUGGAGGGGGUGCCGCGGGCCAGGGCGCUGUACACGUACCGCGGGCACGGCCCCGGCGAGCUGCGCUUCAACAAGGGCGACACCAUCGUGCUGCUGCGGCAGCUGGACGAGAACUGGUACCUGGGCGAGCUGGACGGCGCCAGCGGCGUUCUCCCGGCCAGCUCCGUGCAGGUCAUCAAGCAGCUGCCGCUGCCUCGCCCUCUCUACAGCCUGGAGCUGCGGGGCCGGGACAAGGCGGAGAGCCGGGACACCCCCACCUUGCCCAAGCCCAGCCCCGCGGUCCAGCAGCUCCUGCAGGCCAAAGGCCGCUGGUCCCCGCCGCCCAAGGGCUCGUCCCUGCGCUCCAAGGCCAAGGCUGCGGAGCCGGCCGCGUUCGCCAAGGCGCCCGAGGCGCGGCGGAAGAGCCUGCGGCAGUUCUCCAUCACCACGGCGCUCAACACCCUGAACCGCAUGGUGCACGCCCCCGCCGAGCGCCCCGCGCUGCACAUCAGCUCCCCCGUGCUCAUCAGCUCCAGCAACCCCAGCGUGCCCACCCAGAGCAGCGAGAGAGCCGAGCCGCCCUGCAGCGCCCCGCUCCAGGUCAGCACCUCUUACUACCCCUCAGCAGGACCCCUGGGGCCCCCGGCAGCCAUCGUGACCCUUCCCCACCUGCAGCACCACGGGCCAGCUUACCUGUGCGUGGCUCUCCACUCCUACGCGGCUCACGGACCAGACGAGCUGGAGCUGCAGAGGGGAGAAGGGGUCCGUGUCUUCGGCAAGGAGCAGGACGGGUGGCUGCGGGGCAUGUCCCUCGUCACCGGCAGGGUCGGCCUCUUCCCCAGCAACUACGUCGCUCCCCUCUUCAGGAAAUCCAGUCUCUCCGACUCGAAGAUGCCUGCCCUGUACACCUCAUGGACGCUGUCGACCUCCUCGCUGUCCUCGCAGGGGAGCGUGUCCGAGGGCGGCCCGCGGCAGAGCCGGGCGCUGCGGCCGCUGCUGCUGCCCGUGCCCGUGCCCGCCCCGGCCCGGCCGGCACCGGCCCCGCUGCGCCGCGGCCGCGGCAGCGCCAGGAGGAACGGAUCCCUGCAGAGGCCAGGACAGGCAGGGACCCCCGUGCAGAUCACCGGCUCCCUCAGGCGUCCCUCGGCUGCGGGGCGACCUCAGCACUUCCAGCUUUACCCGCACGUCAGCUCGGUCCCCCCCGGAGCUGCCGUGGACGAGACAGCGAGGCCCAACUCCUCCUAUGAGGCUGCACCGGCGCUGCUGGUCCGGGCAGGGGAGAGCCGAAGCCCGUCCGUGUGCAGCUCGGUGAUCCUGGACGCCAAAGACCCCUCGGCGAAGAGCGAGGCAGCUCCGAAGCCGCCGGCAUCAGCCCCGCCGUCCAUCCUGGUGAAACCAGAAACCUCCCGCAACAGCGCCGAAAAGCAAGUGAAGACGGUGAGGUUCCAGAACCACAGCCCGCCGCCGCCCAAGCGGCACAGCCUGCAGCCCUCGCCGAGGCUGCCCCGCAGCAGGACCGAGCCCGGCCCCGAGGGGCUCCUGCCCGAGCCCCGCCUGGGCCCCGAGCUGCUGCUGCUGUACUCGCCGCGCCUGGGCUCCAGCCCCCUGCACCCGCGCCGGGCGCUGCACCCCAAGGCGCUGUCGCUGGACCUCUCGGGGCAGCUGACCUUCCCCAUCAAGAAGAGCUACAGCAGCAUCUCGGCAAACUGAGCGGCUCACCCGCGCCUGCCUUC